CAAGUUCUGAAGUGCUCUCUCUCUCUCUCUCUCGGUGUUUCCCCUUCGGCCUUCUCGUCCGCCCCUUCUCUCCUCCACCAUCCGCCUCACCGGCGUACGGCUCCGACGAGAUGGCCGCCCCGCUCCGGCGGAGCCUCCCCUCCCUGGGGCGCACGCUCCUCUCGCCGUCCCCCGCGCCCGCGCGGAUGCUCUCCGCGGCGGCGUCCGACGCCCUCGUCGAGAUCAAGCCAGGCGAGAUCGGCAUGGUCUCCGGCAUCCCCGAGGAGCACCUCCGCCGCAAGGUUGUAAUAUAUUCACCCGCUAGGACUGCAUCUCAGCAGGGUUCAGGCAAAGUCGGGAGGUGGAAAAUCAACUUUGUGUCAACCCAAAAGUGGGAGAACCCAUUAAUGGGAUGGACAUCUACUGGAGAUCCAUAUGCUAAUGUUGGUGAAGCAGGGCUUACGUUUGACAGUGCAGAUUCAGCAAAGGCAUUUGCUGAAAAGCAUGGAUGGGAUUAUGUGGUUAGGAAACGCCAUACACCUCUUUUGAAGGCCAAAUCUUAUGCAGAGAACUUCAAGUGGAGGGGUCCCCCGAAGGCAGAGCAAGCCUGAGCACUAAUCUUGCAUGCUACAUUGCUAGCAGGACAUGCACAAGAUGGUGUUUACCCCCAUAUGUGUUGUUUUUGGUUUCUCCAAUCUGUUGUGCGAGUGUGGGCUUAGACCGUUCCUCAACCAACUCUCAAUUAUAAUAAGCGUGCACUGUGAUCAAAUAGAAUGAUUUCCUGUGUACUAAAAUUGUUUACCAUUAUCCUUCCACAUCAUUUCAUAAAGAUCCUUUACCUGUUUGCUUAGGUUGUUAAAGCAAAACUUAAGUGUUGUUCUGCCCUGGUUUGCUCUCAA